AUGGAGAGAACAGAAGCCUUGACGUCAUCGUUUAUAUGGCGGCCAAAUGCAAACGCAAACGCAAACGCAGAAAUAACGCCAAGCUGUCCAAGAUGUGGAUCAUCAAACACAAAGUUCUGUUAUUACAACAACUACAGCCUCACUCAACCUCGCUACUUCUGCAAAGGCUGCCGUAGAUAUUGGACCAAAGGCGGCUCCCUCCGCAACGUGCCUGUAGGUGGUGGCUGCCGCAAAUCCCGCCGUACCAAAUCUUCCUCGAGUAACGCUAAAACCGGCGUAACCGCUAGUUCAUGCAACUCCGGUGGUGGCUCACCAAACAUAGAUCUUGCUCUUGUUUACGCCAACUUCUUGAAUCCAAAGCCUGACGAACCCACACUUCAAGCAACAUGCGAUUUAGCCACAGGCGCUUCGAUGGAACCCUCUAAUUGGAGUAUGGACAUCGGUGAUGAUCAUCAUUAUGAUCAUCAGGUGGAACACAUUAUUGAGGAAUGUGGUUAUAAUGGGUUGCCUCCGUUUCCUGGUGAAGAGCUUCUUUCUAUUGACACUAAUAGUGUUUGGUCUGAUGCUUUAUUGAUUGGUCAUAAUAACCAUAUAGAAGUUGGUGGUGUAACUUCGGCUGAGACUGUUCAUGAACCGGUGGUUAAUUUUGCUGAUGAAUCCAAUGACUCUACCAACUUCUUGUUCGGAAGCUGGAGCCCUUUUGAUUUCUCAACCGAUGGAUAA